UAUUAAUGAAAAUAAUAAAUAUUGUUUAUCGAUUAUUCUAAGAUACUYGACCAGUUAAAAAGUAAAUUGUGUUCUAGAGUGAAUCUCGGUAAAAACGGUGUUGUGAUAUGUUAUAAAAACGUAUAUUACGAUAGGAUAUAUUUUUAUGAUAUAGUAAUACUAUAUGAUUUGAAUUAACCCUACACUUCUACAUACCUAUUUAAUAAAAACUCUGGAAAUAAAAUUUUCGGUAAUGGACGCGUCUAACGCACCAGAAUAAUUAAAUYGUCCCGAUUCUGACGAUAUAAUAUAUUAAUGAUACUCCGACAAACACAAAAACAUAUCGAAUUAACUAAAAGCUAGUGCGCGGCAGGCAGUGGGUAUUUUCAAAACGAAAUACUCGAUUGAAUUAUACAAAUCGUGAGUAUAAAAUGACCGGUACCGAUGUUCAAUUCGUCAGUGUCCUACRUUCAGACUUACGAGAACCUACGACUAGCGCAAGAAAUUUUUACGAUAUCUCAAAGGAAAACUCAAACGAUGAAUACUCCAUCCAAGAAAAUCGCCAUCUUGGCCAUGGCGUUGGUAUUGAUGGCUACAAUCAUAGGUUACACGGCGGCGGAUAUGGCGGAUGUGGCCAUGUGCAUCAGGAACUGUGCACAGUGUAAGAAGAUGUUGGGYGACUACUUCGAGGGGUCCUUGUGCGCAGACUCCUGCGUGAAGUUCAAAGGAAAAAUGAUACCGGACUGCGAGAACAUCGAUUCCAUUUCACCGUUUCUCAACAAGCUCGAGUAAUCUACACGCAACGAUUCUAGGGUUCGAAUAUACUAGUUACACAAUAAACAUGUAUGUAUAUUGAUAGUUAAAUAUGAUUAAUAUGUAACAUGAACAUAGUUUUUUUCUUGUUGAAACAUCCGAAAAUAAAUCAUUCGUUCCGAGCAAAAUUAAAAUCGUGUUCAUUAUUACGGUACAAAAUCCGAGGCACAUAGUUAGGGUUUUAAAUGAACGACUUAACCAAUAAAAAAAAAAAAAAAAUAAUUAGUCCAAUCCUCCAAUUAAAAAAAUGUCCGUUCAAUGAUACGAUAGCACAUAACAUUUUGUUUUUGUGUCGGCGUUUAAAUAGUAAAUUUUCAGUACUAAAGAUACUCAAAAGCAAAUAUUCGCACAACSAUAAAAAUGUCGUAGGUUUAUCCUCAACUAAUUAUGAUGGUAUAGACUGGUAAAGAURGUAGUGGUAGAACUAGCUGGUGCAGGUGRUUGGUGGUGUU